UGGCAGAUAUUUCAGAAAACACGCUUUUACAUCAAGACAUAGAUAAUUGGGAUUUGCGUAGAAAAAUAUUUGAAAAAAUAAAAUCAAAUGAGCUAAACAUAGUUAAAUUGAGAGGAAUAAUUAAUCUUGUAGAAAACUAAUUUAAUGCAAGAAUUAUGUCAUUAUAAAAUUACUCACGUGAAUUCACGAGAUACUUAAUGCAAUUGCGUUGUUGGAUUGUUAUUGGUCAUUUUUCUUUUUAAUUAAUUACAUGUUCCAUUGAUAUUUUUCUGUAAACCGAAUCUUAUUCUUUUGUUCAAUUUCGCUGGCGUUUCCGGCACAUGAGAUCCGCAUGCCGAAAUCUCGACAGUCAGCACCGCUUGCUCAGCCACCUCCACUUUAUCAAACCUCUCAAACACAGACAUCGAAUCAAUCUCUUUCGAUCGCGCAACAAAUUUCUCCACUGCCAUUUUCUCCAACUCAUCAAAGUCGUAAAGUUCCUCGAAGUCUUGAUACUUCUAAUAGCGAUUUUUCUGAAUUUCUUCUUCCACCUCAAACUGGACUUAGUUCACCUACAACAAUUUUUGUGUUCGAGUAGAACUAUUUCACCUUACGAUUCGGAGGUCUGGGGAGUAAUGUUGGGUAGCGAAAAGUUUCCGACUACGAAUUCUGGUCAAGAUGCAUAUGAUGUCGAAAUGGCUACUAUGCGUCGCGUAAUAGAUUCCGAAAUUCACGGAGAAAUUCCAAUAGAAGCAUACAAUUCCUUAUUUCUAGUGAGAGUCUUUUCAAAACAUUUUAUUGGAAAUUUAUCGCGUGAUGAAAUCAAUCAACAAUUUGAAGGGGAUCAUACCAUUUUAGCAGACACACCGAAAUUUAAUGGGGUUGAGUCUAAGAUUGAUGAAAAUAAUCGUGUUCAAAUUGAUCUCAAUCCCAAAAAACUUAUAAUUGAUCCAGAAGUUAUUCAAGAUACUAGAUCUAAAGCUGAACAACUUAUGGAUGGGUUAUUGAAAGUUAUUUUAAAGUUGGAUCCAAUUUUAAAUGGUUCAACAUAUGAAUAUUAUCAAGAAUGUUUAAACAUUCUAUUGGUUUUACUUUCAACACAAAUACAUCAACCAAAUGCAAGCCAAUUAGAAAACAAUUAUUUUUUAAAUAUUUUAUUAACUAAUUUUGGUGAUUUUGUUAAUAGCUUAACUAAAAGAUUAGUGACGAAUUUUAUUGAACAAAAGCCGUCUCCACCAGCGUCCACAAGUAUGAAUUUGUUUAAUAAAAAUUCAUUUUAUUUCUUUUAAAUCCAGCAAAUAGAAUAGUUCUAUUUUUAAUUUUGCUGGCACAACAUUU